UCAGCAUCAUGACCAGGUCAGUGCGGGAGGAAGCGUUGGUGGAGGAGGAGCAGCAGGAGCUCCGGAGCCCAGCAGGAGGCGAGGCUGAGAGCGGGAGGACCGGGACUGGGACAAGGAGGACCGGGUCAGGACCAGGAGGAGAGGAGGAGGAGGAUGAUGAGUGUCUCCACCGGCUGGAGGAGGAUGACGAUGAAGAUGAGGAAGAGGAGGAGGAAGAGGAGGAGGAGGAAGACGGGGAGAACAAACCCAAGAGGAGAGGACCUAAGAAGAAGAAGAUGACAAAGGCUCGACUCCAGAGGUUUAAGAUCCGUCGGAUGAAGGCCAACGCCCGAGAGAGGAAUCGGAUGCAUGGUCUGAAUGACGCCCUGGAGAGUCUGCGAAAAGUCGUCCCCUGUUAUUCCAAAACCCAGAAACUGUCCAAGAUCGAAACCCUGAGGCUCGCCAAGAACUACAUCUGGGCCCUGAGUGAGAUCCUGCGGUCCGGAAAAGCCCCGGACCUGAUGAGCUUCGUCCAGGCACUCUGCAAAGGUCUGUCCCAGCCCACCACCAACCUGGUGGCCGGUUGUCUCCAGCUCAACCCUCGGACCUUCCUCCCGGAGCAGACCCCCGACCUGCCCGCCCACCUCCCCCCGGCUGCCGCUGCCGCCUACCCUGGACACUUCUCCUACCAGAGCCCCGGCCUGACCCCCGGCCUGCCCAGCCCCCCCUACGGCAGCAUGGAGCCCUCCCACAUCUUCCACCAGGUCAAAGGUCAGCCCUACGGCCCCCUGGAGCCCUUCUUCGACGGUGUUCUGGUGUCGGAUGGGCCGGCGUUUGACCCGCCGCUCAGCCCACCGCUCAGCAUCAACGGCAACUUCACCUCCUCCUUCAAGCACGAGGCCGCCGCCGCCGCUGAGUAUGACAAGAGUUUCUCCUUCAGCAUGCACUACGGAGGGGGAGGAGCUGGGGGACACAUCUAUGGCGGUGGCGGGGGGCCCAACCCGCGGUGCGCUGAGCUGCAGGUGGACGGGCUGAUGGGAUUUGAUGGACAUUCUCACCAUGAGCGGCUGAUGAACGCCCAGCUGAACGCCAUCUUCCACGACUCCUGAGGACGACGGAGGACGGAGAUGGGGAGACGGAUGGCGGUGUGGACAGACGGACAGCCAUGUGCAUGUUCCUUCAGACCUGUCCGUCAUUUCCUGUCAUUUCCGACGGCGAUGAUGAUCUGAUCUGUGUAGCUUCAUCCUGCAGGAGACGCUCUGAAUGUCUCAAAUUAUCUCUUCAAAUAAUCAAUAAUCACUAAGCAAUAAUCUGGAAGAAACUAUGCAACUUUGUAAACCUGAGUGACGUGGGCUCAGCUGAUGAUUCCAAAUGUUGAAAAGAAUAAAGAUUUCUCUAUUUUUGGGGCAGUGCGUGAGGCGGGCAGCGCCGCUGGGCCGCCAGUGGUCCAGAGACCAGUUCAUGUUGUUCAUGUGGUUUUUACUUUUGCUUUUUAUAACGUUCCUGUAGCGUUGUGUUAACAUUUCAUGUGACUCUGGUUCAUAUUUUAUAACAUAGAUGUUUAUAAAGGCCUUUUAUUAAAAGGAUUUCAGUGGGAUUCA